GACUAUGCGGACGCUCCCUCUGGCGCACAAGCUGCGCGCACGUCUGGAUGCGGCUGCGGGCCUCGCGGGGGCUAUGAGAAAGCUGGACCGGAGCGCCUGCAGGGUGAGGCUUUUGCUCUGCAAUUUUGGGGUUCAGGGAAGGUGGGGGUUGGAAAGCAAGGAGCUGCGUGCGGUGGAGCGCGCUCUGCACGUGCCCAGGGGGUAGCCUUUUAUUAAAUGCGCGUGGGUUUUUGUGUUGGAAAGCGCCUUGGGGUCUUCGGAGGGAGGCGAAAUAUCGUGUUUGCAAGCGGUUUUCACCAAGUUGCAGCCGCGCUUAGAGGCUCAGCUGCGCUGAUGGCGGGGUCGCUCCGUCCCAGCGAAGUCUUAACUCAGAGGAACGCGCAGGAUUUUACUGGGGCCGGUUUAAGUGCCAGGGAUCUGGUUGGAGUCCGUCGUGCCGGUGCAGUUGGAGGAGUCUACUCGGAGUAGGGCUCAGCGCCGUGGCUCCGGCCAGGCAGGAUCCUGGUUGCAAGUCUUCAGGGAGAGGUGGAGCAUUCAAGCACCCCCUCCCGCCCCAAUGUGAAGUGCAAGCGAAGAGUUUGGCCGGGGAGGGCGUAAAAAAAGUGUUAUGUGUGUCCCCCACCCCCUCGACUCUCAGUGGUUCUCAUUGGGGUCAGUCUCUCUAACCUACCUGAGGAUAAAGUUGUUGUUGUUAGUUAGUUAGAUUUAUAUACAUCGUAAGAUCUCAGGGCGGCUCACAGAAUAAAAAUGGAGAGUGCCACUUUGAGCUCCUUGAAGAAAAGGUGGAAUAAAAAUGUAAGGAGAUUUUAAUGCUGUGAAUCUGUCUGCAGAACUUCUGCCACCUCUGUUGUCCAUCCUUUAAUAGUCACUGAUGUUUUGGGGUGAGCCAAAAUGUUGGCUGGGGGGGGGGACUGAUCUUCCUACUGGAGCACGAACCUAGCAGGCCUCUGAACCUGAGCAGCACUACUACCUUCCUGGCAUGCCUCGGUUUCCCCCGUGAGAAAUGCAUUGCUGACGUUUCCUCCACUGUAGGGGGCUGGACUAGAUGUCCCUUGAGGUCCCUUCCCACUCUGCAGUUGUGGGAUUCUGUGGGGUGGGAGGGAGGGAACAGGCUCUCCUCUCAUCGCUGACUGUUUACAAAAGGCAGGUGGAAAACUUGGCAUCAGCCGCUCAGGGCGCUGUGCCCGCAGGCCCGUGUCAACCAACCCAACCUGUCAGGGCAGGUGGAACGGCUGAGGUUUCUGCUGUUGCCAUUUCCCAUGAAGAUCUCUCCCGUGCUUUCCCCCCCAUCCUGCCUGGGGGGCAGUUGGAAGCAGAUCUUGGAAAGACAGAGGGCAAAAGGGCAGCCUGGGCAUGGAACAGGUUUGGGGGGGAGUGGCGAGGGUGGCAGGAUGUGGCUGCCUCGCUUGCCUACCAAAGCUCACUUUUGCAAGAAGGUCCAAAGGCUUUGAACCCCAGCCAGAUGGGCUGGGUAUCAAUAAUAAAAUUACUAUCCUCAUCAUCAUAUUAACCUGGAAGCUGGAAACUUUUCCCCAAGUCCCAGUUGCGUGGGUUCCGACUAGAUCCUUGGUGACAAAAGAGAAAGCACUCUGUAUGCGCUCAGAAGCACCCUGUCCGUACGUGUCGUGAUUUGAGCCCUGGAACCUUCUGAAAAAGGAAGUUACGGAGCUGGAAGAGGGUCAGCUCAAGGGAACCAAAAUGAUAGAGAGGAUGCAGCAACAUUUGGAGCUGUUUAGCUGAGAGAAAGAGCAAGUCAGAGGAGGAAAGAGAAGUGGAAAAAUUAGUCAUGGCCUGGAGAAAGUGGACAGAGUCCGUCGUAACAAGAGGACUUGUGGGCAUCCAGUGGAUGCUGGAAGAUUCAGGACAGCUCAAAGGAAGGCGUUCCUUUGUUGUUGUUGUUUAGUCAUUUAGUCAUGUCCGAUUCUUCGUGAGCCCCUGGACCAGAGCAUGCCAGGCACUCCUGUCUUCCACUGCCUCCCGCAGUUUGGUCAAACUCAUGCUGGUAGCUUCAAGAACACUAUCCAACCAUCUCGUCCUCUGUCGUCCCCUUCUCCUUGUGCCCUCCAUCUUUCCCAACAUCAGGGUCUUUUCCAGGGAGUCUUCUCUUCUCAUGAGGUGGCCAAAGUAUUGGAGCCUCAGCUUCAGGAUCUGUCCUUCCAGUGAGCACUCAGGGCUGAUUUCCUUCAGAAUGGAGAGGUUGGAUCUUCUUGCAGUCCAUGGGACUCUCAAGAGUCUCCUCCAGCACCAGAAUUCAAAAGCAUCCAUUCUUCUGCGAACAGCCUUCUUGAUGGUCCAGCUCUCACUUCCAUACAUCACUACUGGGAAAACCAUGGCUUUAACUAUACGGACCUUAGGCAGCGCAAAGGUAAACUGUGGAACUCCCUAACACAGGAGAUAGGGGAUUGGACAAAUUCAUGGAUAAUUAUGGGACACAGCUCUCAGUUGCUACCACCCACAAUGGCUGUGUGUGUCAUCCACUGCCAGAGGCGGAAAAUGCCUCUGAUCACCAGUUGCUGGACAGCAGAAAUGUUGUGCUCAGGUCCUGCUUCUUACUGGGGCAUCUGGGUGGCCACUGUGGGAACAGGAGGCUGGACUGGAUGAGACCUUGGCCUGAUCCGGCAGCCAGGCUGCUCUUAGGCUCCUGUGGAACCUCCAGGUCCAGAGGCAGUCUAUCUAGAGUCCUAGUUUAUUUGGGGGUAUUUGGCCCCUGUGGCAAUAAUAAUAAUAAUAAAUUUUUAUUUAUACCCCGCCCUUCCCGGUUCAAAAACCGGGCUCAGGGCGGCUAACAACAAAUUUAAAACACUUUAAAACACUUAAUUAUAAAAACAGCAUAAAAUACAGUAUAAAAACAUGAAUGACAAUGAAAUUCAAAAAUCAAUUUAGGGGAAUUUAGAGGAUUUAGAUAAUCCCCAGGGCUAGCUGGCUGAAUUGGUCCUACUUGGGCCAGCGAGGAGGCCAGGGGAGAAUUAGCUGUGGGGUCUCAGAGCGGGUGAUCUUCAUAAAAGGGGAAGGGGAGGGAAGAGAAGGGAAAUAAAAGGUCAGGCUGAAUUCAAAUUAAAGGUCAGGCAGAAUAGCUCUGUCUUACAGGCCCUGUGGAAGGAGAUCAAGUCCUGCAGGGCCCUGGUCUCAUGGGACAGAGCAUUCCACCAGGUCGGAGCCAUCACUGAGAAGGCCCUGGCCCCGGCGGAGGAUAGUGUGACUUCCUUAGGGCCCAGGACCUCUAAACUGUGGUUAUUCAUGGACCUUAAGGUCCUCUGCGGGGCAGACCAGGAGAGGCGGUCCUGGAGAUACGAGGGCCCUAAGCCACAAAGGGUGCUGGACUAGAUGGGGCCCCCGUUGGUCUCAUCCAGCAGCCGAGCUCUUCUGAUAUUCUUGCCUUCAGAUCCCCGAGGAAAACCAGCAACAGAGCAGAGCCAUCCUGGCUAGGAGCUGCCUCCAGCUCCUUGUACUCCAUGAAUUUGCCCAAUCCUAGUUCACACAGGAUGGUAGAGUUGGAAGGGACCCUUAGGGGUCAUCUAGUCCAACCCCCUGCUUCAGUACCUCCGGAGGUUCGAAGCCACCCAGGUUGGUAGCCGUCACUGCCCUCCUGAAGGAGCGAGUUCCAUAGCUGAACUGUACGCUCUAGGCGAUUUGCACUACGGUUCCCAUGGAUGGGAGUUGUAGUCCAAAGUGUCUGGCGGGUGCCGGAUUGAAGACGAUGGCAGAAGGGCAUGGCGGAGGGGAGGAAUUGUGGCUGAGCAUGUGAGUUAUUGGCUUGGUUUUGUAUUUUCAUUUUUUAUUUUUCUGUUGUGAAACUACCCUGGUAUGUUCGGAAGAAGGGCAGUAAACAGAUUUUAAUAACAAUAAUAAUAAUAAAUCAAUGGUGGUUCCCUAGCUCAGGAGUUGGAGCCAAGACCCCUGGCCCUCUCUCCCUUGGCCCCUUCUUAUAAACUCGGCAGUGGCUCAGCCCUGCCAAUUUCAAAGUGAGGAAAACCAAGGGUGCUUCUGAGCAUAUGGAGAGUGCCACUCACUGCCAUCCCAAGCAAGUCUUCCUUGUCUCACCUGGGCAAUAAAUAAGGCUUGGCCCUUUGGCAGGUGUCAACUCCCCCCCCCCGGCAGUUGUUUGCUUUUCAGCUGUGGCAAAUUGAGCAACCCCCCCCUUGCUGCCUCCUGCUCACAGUGGAAACUCUGUCAUGCUGUGGUUAGCGAUGUGGGAGGAAGAGGGAGGUUUUUCCGCUGAGCUGAGGUGCAACUGGAUGGACCCAGAUCACAGCAGAUCUCUGCUUGUGAGCUGGGGUGGGGUGGGGGGGACGAAAGUAGGAGCGCCGUGGCCUGCCUCGGGUGGGGGCUGUGAGUGAAGAAGGGUCCCCUUGAGUCAUCUAGUCCACCCCCUGCAAAAGAAGCAGGGCCCCUUCAGUGGUGGCCUCCAUGCUUUGUGCAAGAUGCCUAUACCAGCCCCUUUCGGCUUUUUGCAGCUUCAAUCAGGCCACCCCCCCCCUUGGUUCUAUAAACUCACCCCCUGUGAGCCCUUCCUGACCCUAUGGAAAGCAUUGUUCAGAACAGCGAUUUGCAUGGGCUUCUUAGGAAGAUAAGAACGCCAUAAAAUCCAAAACAAAACGGUGACGAUUCAUUGCGCAUGUAUUCAAAAUCCAGUUAAAACUAUUUGGCUCAAUUACUUGGGUUGUUACGUAUUUUGUGUUUUCGUUUUGUUCUUUAUGACGUGAACCACCCUGUGAUCUUUGGAUGUAUGCAAAUUUAAUUUUUUUAAAAACUGAGAACCCCCAGGGAAUCUCAUUCCACCCUGGGGUGGGUGGGGUUUGCCACUGCCCACUUUGAGAUCCACUGAAGGUGGGGGGUUCAAUCUCUGCUGGCGUCUCUUAGCCAGGCUGGGGAAGAAGACCAGCUGAGAUUCCUGCCCUGCAAGGGGUUGGGCUAGAUGAUCCUUGGGAUCCCUUCCAGCUCGACAUUCCUGUGAUUUUAUGACCGCUGGAGAGCCACAGCCUGGCUGCAUGGACAAUACUGUUGUUGUUGUUUAGUCGUUUAGUUGUGUCCGACUCUUCGUGACCCCCUGGACCAGAGCACGCCAGGCACUCCUGUCUUCCACUGCCUCCCGCAGUUUGGUCAAACUCAUGCUGGUCACUUCGAGAACACAGGCUUGGAAGGGAGCCCCAGGGGACAUCUAGUCUAAGCCCCCGCAAGGCACAAAUGCAUCCAGGACAGAUGGAGAGGUCAGCCCCAUGGGUGGGGGGGCUGUGGAAAAAAAAAAGGCAAAUUCCACGCUGGGGAUCCUCGGAAAGGAAUUGGGAAUAAAACGGAUACUGCUGUACAAAUCUCUGCCGCGACGGCAUUGGCAGUCCUGUGCCCGGUUCUGGGUGCCUCGUCUCAUAACGGAGAUUGAAGAGCUGGAAAAUGUUUCGAAAAGGGCAGCCCAUAUGUUCAAGGAAGGAAGGGAAGGAGUCGCUGUGGCAGCAUUUGGGACUUUGUAGUUUGGAGAAGAGCUAAAAGGCAAAAGGUUUCUCAGAAUAUGGCUGGGGGGAGGGCAUUGUUGUUUAGUCAUUUAGUUGUGUCCGACUCUUUGUGACCCCCUGGACCAGAGCACGCCAGGCACUCCUGUCUUCCACUGACUCCCACAGUUUGGUCAAGCUCAUGCUGGUAACUUCAAGAACACUGUCCCACCAUCUCGUCCUCUGUCCUCCCCUUCUCCUUGUGCCCUCCAUCUUUCCCAACAUCAGGGUCUUUUCCAGGGAGUCUUCUCUUCUCAUGAGGUGGCCAAAGUCUUGGAGCCUCAGCUUCAGGAUCUGUCCUUCCAGUGAGCACUCAGGGCUGAUUUCCUUCAGAAUGGAUCGGUUUGAUCUUCUUGCAGACCAUGGGACUCUCAAGAGUCUCCUCCAGCACCAGAAUUAAAAAGCAUCCAUUCUUCAGUGAUCAGCUUUCUUAAUGGUCCAGCUCUCACUUCCAUACAUCAAUACUGAGCUUGGGACAAUUUCCCCAACUAAUUUAGCAAUGACUCCUCUGCAGGCUGUGUGUGUGUGUGUGUGUGUGUGUGUGUGUGUGUGUGUCCGUCCCGUGAAUUCCAGUUCUGCUUUUGGAAAUAUGGGGUCUAAUUGGGUUUCAAAAAUAAAUGGGAGAACGCAGGCAGGGUAGGCCGGCUGUGGGCUGGAUUCAGCCCCCGAAGCAGCCUGAUCUGGCCUUUCUUCCAUUUUUUUUUAUUAAUUUUCCACAUUUAUAACAAAUAUAACAUAUAAAACACACAAAACAAAACACAUCACAAUACUAAAAAAUAAAAACACACAUAUUCCUUCUUAUAUUCAUUUUCAAUUCCAUUGUUAAGUGACUUCUUCAAAUCCCCCCUAACUGAAUUUCGUUAUAUCACCCUGUAACAGUUCUCCCAAACAUCUUUCUAAAUAAUUAGUUCCUUCAAUUAACUAUAUUCAACUCUUUUCUUAUUGUCUAAAAUCCAUAUUACUAUGCCACAUUCUUAUUGUUAUCCUAGGCCUGUUUAGUACUUUCAAGAACCUUCUCAAUUAUCUUAUAUUACAAUAUUUAGCUAAAUAGUCUUUAAAUUUCAUCCAGUCUUCUUGGUAUUCCUCCUCUUUCUGCUCGCGGAUUCUUCCAGUCAGGUCAGCCAGCUCCAGAAACUCCAACACCUUCAUCUGCCGUUCUUCUACCGUUGGUAUUUCUUGAGAUUUCCAAUUUUUUGCUAAUAGCGGUCUGAUCUGGCCUUUCUUCACAGACAGCUUCCGCCGUGGCCACCACUGUCUUAGUUCUGAUGAUUGUAGGCCCCUCAGGGCAGAGACCUCCAUCUCAACUUUGUUUUGUACAUUGCACACAGACUGCGCUGGAGAAAUAAAUGCCGGUUUAUUUGGUGGAGGUGUGGCCGCAUUCUGCUUGCGGCUCUGCUUAUCUGGCUGCCCCAGCUGCGUCCAUCUCAACCUGCCAGACCCACCACCUUCCCUCAAAGCGGGGUGGGGUGGAUUUGGGGAAGAGGAGAUGGAUCCCAAGAUGCAAAGUUCCCUGUCUUUCUCUUUUCGCUUCUUCUUAUAUAUGUAUUUUUAAAAUAUGAGCUCUCUUGGGAGCUUGUGGACUCCCUUGGAAGUUUUUAAGCAGAGGUUGGGUGUCCACGUAUCCUGGAUGCUUUAGUGGGGAUCCCUAGAUUGCAGGGGGUUGGACUAGAGCACCUUUGGGGGUCCCUUCCAGGUCUAUGAUUCUAUGAAAAACUACUCUCCUCCCGGGGGCUUCUAAAGACCUGUAAUUUGGAUGCCUGUUUGGCUGUUUGGAGAAGAGUGUAAUGGGUGAAAUUCCUCCUUUCCUGUAAGAUUAAGGUGGAUUUGACAGAAUUUAUUUCCUGCCACUAAACUGAGGCAUCAUACAUAAACUCUGGGGGGAUAAUAAUAAUAAUAAUAAUAAUAAUAAUAAUAAUAAUAAUUUAUACCCCGCCCAUCUGGCUGGGUUUCCUCAGCCACUCUGGGCGGCUUCCAACAAAAUAUUAAAAUACAAUGGUCUGUUAAACAUUAAAAGCUUCCCUAAACAGGGCUGCCUUCAGAUGUCUUCUAAAAGUCUGGUAGUUGUUGUUGUUCUCUUUGACAUCUUGUGGGAGGGUGUUCCACAGGGCGGGUGCCACCACCGAGAAGGCCCUCUGGCUGGUUCCCUGUAACAUGGCUUCUCACAGCCAGCGAACUGCCAGAAGGCCUUCAGAGGAGGACCUCAGUGUCCUGGUAGAACGAUGUGGGUGGAGACGCUCCUUCAGGUAUAAAUAAAGAAAUAAUAAAAGGUAGACCCCCAGGUCCAAAAUGAGCUGGACAUCUGCACUAUCCAGCAGAUUUUUCUCCUCUUUGUGUAGAAUUAUAGAAUUGUAGUGUUAGAAGGGAACCCCAGGGGUCAUCUAGUCCAACCCGCUGCAAUGCAUGUAUUGCAGCUACAGAAUCCCGGGCGGAUGGCCAGCCAACCUCUGCUUAAACACCUCCAGUGAAGGACUGGGGACUCGGAGCAGCUGUUUCUGUAGUGGGUGAGAGCCUGCCUGAGUUUUGCACACUCCACUAUGCCGUGGCAUCUGCUUAAGCAGAACAGAGCGUGAUGGAGUAGAGUGUUUUGCCUGGCGUUUCAGAUACAAAAUUCUUGCUCUUGACCAAGUGGAAAGGGUCACAGUUCUUCCCCCCCACCCUUUGAUUGCCCCCAAAGGGCCCCAAUUCUCCUAAGGCUCAUGGUGUGUUUCCUUUUGUCUGCAGAACAAGCCCUGGAAGAAGCUGAGGAACAUGGUGCAAUGGUCGCCUUGUGUGGUUUCUUUCCGCAAGCGCUACCCCUGGGUCCAGCUGGCCGGCCAUGCAGGUAACUCUGGGGUUGGAGGGGAGGAGGCUGGUUGGGGUGGGGGUGGGGUCCUGCAGGGGGGGGGAGCAUGUGUACAAUUGUGGCCGGGUCUCCAGGCAGACCUUGGAAUCUGGGGGGGGGGGGGGGAGGAAGAAAGGCAGGGGAUCCCCUCUGGAGACGCCUCCCCCCGACAAGUUAGGAACCCUCAAAAGGUUCCUAAGCACUAGAAAUCAUGGGUAAUGCUGGCAGGCUCAGGAAAGCCCUUCCUUGUGAACCUGCGGAACUCCCUGUGGCAGGAGGCAAGCGAUGGAUACAGACUUGGAGGGCAUGAUAUUUAUUUAUUUAUUUAUUUAUUUAUUUAUUUAUUUAUUCAUUCCCUGCCCAUCUGGCUGGGUUUCCACAGCCACUCUGAGCUCUGGGCGGCUUCCAACAAAACACUAAAAUACAAUAACCUAUUAAACAUUAAAAGCUUCCCUGUAGUCCUCUAGUCCAGACCCCAGCAAUGCAGGAAAACGCAGCCAUCCCUGCCUCUUGUGGCAGUGGGUUCCAUAGCUCGCCCGCCUUUCCUCCAAACUAGAAAAGCCCAAAAUGCUGCGAUUUUUCUUCUUGCUCCACCCCCACCAUAAUUUCAGUUGCCCUUUUCUGAACUCUGCAAUAUCCUUCUGGGUGGGGGGAGGGGAGGUGACCAGGACUGGACAUGGGAUCCCAGAUGCAGCUGCACAUUUGCAUUGGGACACCAGCUUUCAAUAUAAUAAGAAUAACCACCACCACCACCACCACAACAACAUAUUAUUUAUACAACAACAAGAACAACAACAUAUUAUUUAUACCCCGUCCAUCUGGCUGGGUUUCCCCAGACACUCUGGGCGUCUUCCAACAGAACACUAAAAUACAAUAACCUAUUAAACAUUAAAAGCUUCCCUAAGCAGGGCUGCCUUCAGAUGUCUUCUAAAAGUCUGGUAGUUGUUUAUCUCUUUGACAUCUGGUGGGAGGGUGUUUCACAGGGCGGGUGCCACCACCGAGAAGGCCCUCUGCCUGGUUCCCUGUAACUUGGCUUCUCGCAAUGAGGGAACUGCCAGAAGGCCCUCAGAGCUAGACCUCUGUGUCCAGGCAGAACGAUGGGGGUGGAGACGCUCCUUCAGGUAUACUGGACCGAGGCCGUUUCCUUUCCCAAUGCUUUUCUGGCGGCCGCUGCAAGCGCCAGGGGUUGCGCUUUGCCCCGAGGGCAGCAUCUCCUGCCCCCUCACCAACUCUUCUUGAUACCUUGUCUCUUCUCCCCCGCAGGCAACUUCAGGGCCGGGGAUUUUGGCCGCAUCCUGAAGAAGUACUGCCCCAGCGAGCAGCAAUGCCUGGAGCGCCUGGUGUGCGACGCGCUGCAGCCCUACGUCCCGGCUUAUUAUGGGGUGGUGGAGCGCGAUGGGGAGACCUACAUCCAGAUGGAGGACCUGCUGUCCGGCUUUGACGCGCCUUCCAUCAUGGACUGCAAGAUGGGAGUCAGGUGAGCCCUUCAAGCCACCUGGGGGAGGGGAUACCAGGAGGUCAUCCAGCCUGACCCCGAGCCAGAGGAGCAGCGUCAAGAUGGGCGCCUGACCUUGUGCUUCUCUUCUCUCCCCCUGGCGCAGGACGUACCUCGAGGAGGAGCUGGAGAAGGCGAGGCAGCAGCCUUGUCCGCGCAGAGACAUGUAUGACAAGAUGGUGGCCGUGGACCCGGCGGCUCCCACGGCGGAAGAGCAUGCACAGAGCGCCGUCCUGAAGCCCCGCUACAUGCAGUGGAGGGAGACUCUCAGCUCCACCACCACGCUUGGCUUUCGCAUCGAAGGCAUCAAGGUGAGCGACCGCAGCAGGGAGGGGCACUCUUUUUUAAAAAAAAUAUAUCGUCUUUAUUGAUUUAAAGUACAAUCAUACAUUACAACGGAAUAAACACGAGAAUGAAAGAGAAAAGGAAAAAAAGAAAGAAAAGCAAACAAAAAAAGAAUUAUCAAUAACAAAAAGAAUCAGUUAAAAAGCCAAUCAUUUACACAGCAUCAUAAAGUCUUCUGAGAAAAACUUCCAGUCGUUUUCAUUGUACUUUUUAUUUUGUCUUCGUUUUAUUGCACAGUUUAUUUUAUGCCUUUUUCUAUAUAUUCCUCUAAAAUGUUUAUUAUACACAAGCAUCAUUCAAUUAUGGGAUGCGGGUGGCACUGUGGGUUAAACCACAGAGCCUAGGACUUGCUGAUCAGAAGGUCGGCGGUUCGAAUCCCCGCGACGGGGUGAGCUCCCGUUGCUCGGUCCCUGCUUCUGCCACCCUAGCAGUUUGAAAGCAUGUCAAAGUGCAAGUAGAUAAAUAGGUACCGCUCUGGCGGGAAGGUAAACGGCGUUUCUGUGCGCUGCUCUGGUUCGCCAGAAGCGGCUUAGUCCUGCUGGCCACAUGACCUGGAAGCUGUACGCCGGCUCCCUCAACCAAUAAAGCGAGAUGAGCGCCGCAACUCCAGAGCUGGCCACGACUGGAACUAAUGGUCAGGGGUCCCUUUACCUUUACCUUUUUAUCAUUCAGUUCUGCUAGAAUAUCAUUUUUACAAUAUGCUCCUUGAAUAAUUGCCAUUUUCUGUAUAUUUUUUGAUUCGGGGCUCCCGUGACUUUUCCAGUCAGCUUUGCUAAUUGAAAAUACUCGAUCACGAGUGUUUGCCAAUCUAUUAUUAUUGUUGUUCGUGUUGGUUCACUUCUGGCUACGAGUAUUCUUGAGUUAGGGAGAGCUGGGGGCCUGCCUGGGGCAUCUAGUUGGCCCCUGUGAGAAGAGAUGGCCAGACUAGAUGGGCCCCCUUUGGCCUAGUCCAGCAGCCAGGCUCUUCUUAUGGUCUUACAGAGCCUCCAGCUCCAGGAGCAGUCUAUCACGAUUCAUAGGUUCUUAUGGGGAUCUGUCCACUGUGAGGACAGGAUCCAGCGGCCUCUUCUUACGCUCUUAUGACUGUGACGGGGGGGAAGUCCAGUUUCUGAAGCUGCCAGGGCUAUUCUUCGUACUAAUGCACCAACCUUUGCAUUUGAAUAAAUUCAGCCCCCAAACAAACCAGGCACAGCUUUGUCCUCACAGCCUCUAAAAAAUUAUUUCUCCAUGGCCACCGGGAAAGCACAGAGGUGGAGCCUCUAAGUUAAUGUUUUAAUGUUGUAUUUUAAUCUUGUUUUUAAGUUGUAUUUCAAUCAAUUUGUUUUUAUAUCGGGUGUUAGCUGCCCUGAGCCCGGUCUAGGCUUGGGAGAGCCGGGAAUAAAUUAAAUUUAUUAUUAUUAUUAGUCCCUUUGGCUCUGCUCAUCGUUGGAUCCUGGAGACGCAGCGCUGGCUUUUAAGGCUGCCUCGUUUCCUGAUAGUCUGACAUUGUUUCUCUCUUUGUCUUUUCAAGAAAGCGGACGGCACCUGCAACACCAGUUUCAAGAAGACUCGCCAACCGGAGCAGGUGACGCAGGCCUUCUGGGACUUUGUGGACGGAGACAGGAGAGUCCUGGUGAGGGUCCGGAUUCUGCCCCGGGGCACUAAGCCCUUUGCAGGGAGGGGGGCCCAUUUGACACUUUCCACGCUUUUCCUUGACAUGCCGCUUUUGAGAUUUCCGUGGCCCCCUGCCCACUUUUGGUUUAGGUUUUUAAACCUUUUUGUAAAAGCAGCACUAGAAUUUUCACAGAUGAGUCUUCAACCCCUUAUUAUUGUGCUUCUUCAAAUCUGGCUUUCUUUAAAACUUGCUAUUUAGGUUUUCAAACUUUUUUUGUAAAUUCAGUAUUAGAAACUGUACUUUUGAGUCUUCAAUCCUUUAUUACUGCGCUUUGCUUCUGCCUGGAUUAUAAUACGUCAGAAUUUUUGGGGUUCUACCCUUGUUUGAAUUUUGCUCAUUUAAAGUUUAUGAUUUUUCUGUUUCCUUCUGAGGAAACUGAAUAGUUCAGUGAAACGAGGUUUGUAGCCGGCAUCCCGUUAAGGCUUUGUUUUAUUUUAGGGUUUUCUAAUUUUUUCCCUUACGCUUUUUGAUUUUUUAUUAUUUAGUUGAUUUCCACAAGGUAAUAUUUCUAGUCGAUUACUUCUCGUUUCAGGGAUUUUCAGUAUUUCAUUUGUUUUGUGCACUUUUGGGAAAAUGCAGCCCAUCUCCUCCAGGGUUUCCCUGGCACCUGCCCCAGUCGUGGCUCUGGGAAGGCCGUAGAAUUUGGGAAGGGCUUAUCGUAUAUCCUCUCAGGUCUCUCCUCCUUCUUUCCCCAGACAAGCUACCUGGAGCGGCUUCAGGAAGUCAGGAUGGCGCUCGAACAGUCCGAGUUCUUCAAGACGCACGAGGUGGGUCUCUUUCCGUGGAAUGAGGUGGGGACUUCUGAGGGCAUCUGGUGGCUGCUGCAGGGUCUUGGGUCCUUGACUUUGGGGGCCCUGCCUCUCAUUCCCUCGCCACACUCAGGGUACUUUUUCAUCUCAUUUUGGCUUUCCGUUUGCAUGGUGCCUUUCUAAGGUAAAAGGCGGUUUGCAAGCUCAAGAAACGGCAGGAUGCACAAGGAAGAUGGCACAUCAAUCUGAUCCAAUGCCAACAAGCCUUAAUCUAAAAGCAAAGGCUUAAAUGGAUCCCAAUCCAUUAGGAGAGUACGCAGUAAAAUUAACUUUCAGGAUCUGGAUAGUUAGCCUUGGUGAAGACUUGACGUUUUCAUUCCCCCAAAAAGUUUUUGAGUUUCUGCUGAAAUGAGGCUGCAUUUUAAUGUUGUAUUUUAAUCUUGUUUUUUAAGUUUUAUUUCAAUCAAAUGUUUUAUAUCUGGUGUUAGCCGCCCUGAGCCCAGUUUUGGGGAGGGCGGGGUAUUUUCCACACCACAACAACAACAAAAAAGCAAAAAAUAACAAUACACAAAACACAAAAACAAGCAUAUAUAAAAAACAAAUCCAAAUCUUACAAAUUAACAAUAUAAACACUAAAAAGGAAAACAAACAUUGACUUCCAACAAUCCCACAGCACCUCCUUUACAUCUCAUUGUAUCUUCCUGUUUUCCUGUUCAUCUCUAUCCUAACAUCUAGAUAUAAAUCCUUCUUUCUGAUCCUUUCACUUCACAAGGUUAUUCCAAACUCAGCCAGAUUUCUAUCCUCGAACCUUGGCUUUUAAGGUAUUCAUUUAGGCACUCCCAUUCCUUUUUCACUUCACUUUUUGGUUUUCGUCUUAUUGUAUCUGUAAAUUUGGCUAAUUCUAAAUAUACUGAAAGCUUACAUAACCAUUCUCCCCUAGUGGGAAACUGAUUCCCUUAUUUCAUGAAAUCUAUGCACCGCUUGAUUGUACCCUUCAAAGUGGUUUCCAAAAAACUAAAAGCAAGAAAAAAUUGCAACUCUCUUUAAAAAAACGCAGUUACAAUAAAAAAAGAUGUGAAGAAGAAGAAGAGGAGUUUGGAUUUGAUAUCCCGCCUUUCACUCCCCUUCAGGAGUCUCAAAGCGGCUAACAUUCUCCUUUCCCUUCCUCCCCCACAACAAACACUCUGUGAGGUGAGUGGGGCUGAGAGACUUCAGAGAAGUGUGACUGGCCCAAGGUCACCCAGCAGCUGCAUGUGGAGGAGCGGAGACACGAACCUGGUUCCCCAGAUUACGAGACUACCGCUCUUAACCACUACACCACACUGGCUCUCCAGUGAGAUUCACACCAGGAAUUUCUAAGCGUCUGUGUAGAAGGGUUGGCCAAUAUCUGCUUUUCAUCAUCGCAAUAUCUCGCCAGCAAAACAUUGCAAUAUACCAGUAUGUCACAAUACUGGUAGGCAUAGCUGUCAACCGUCCCUUAUUUGGCGGGACAGUCCCUUAUCCCAGCGCCAUGUUCCGCUGCUAUCCCUUAUUGAUGAUGUCCCUUAAAUUUCCCGGGUUUCAAAGGAAGCAGUUCCUCUCCCUCCCUCCCUGCCGGCCAGGGAGGAGGGAGGCUCCAACUGUGUUGCUUGGCUGCGUUGCUCACCCAAUAAGGAGUCUGAGAACGACUGGGGGGUGGAGCUUGCAUGCCUUGUGCCAAUCAAAUCGGCCGUGUUGCCUGGGGACUCGCCUUUGCUCAGCGCUUCCCAGCAGAGAGGUGACGGUGGUUUUCCUUGAGGCUUCAUUUGGCUCCUGGCUGGGCUUUCUGCCUUUGGCUCGGAGGGGCUCAGAAGUUGAACAUACCUGUGCCCGGAAAAUCCCUUAUUUUGGCUGCUGGUCCCUUAUUUUCAAAUCUGUAAGUUGACAGCUAUGAUGUUAGGCUUGCCGAAGCAAGGGUGCUUUUAGCACAGCCAUUCAUGUUCUCUUCCUUUCUCUCUCCCAGGUGGUGGGCAGCUCUCUUCUCUUCAUCCACGACCAGACGGGUCUGGCGCGGGUGUGGAUGAUCGACUUUGGCAAGACGGUGCCGCUGCCCGAGAAGCAGACCUUGACUCACCGCCUGCCCUGGCAGGAAGGCAACCGCGAGGACGGAUACCUCUGGGGCCUCGACAACCUCAUCGCCAUCUUGGAGAGGAUGUUGGGGGAGUGAGCCAAGAAGAUGCAGCCGGAGCGUCGAGACGGGGGGCCGUCUUGGCCCCCGGGACUCUGCCGUUUAAUUUAUUCAGCCAGAUAUGCUACUGGAACCAGGGGGAUACAGAGCCUGGAAGAGCACCAGGGGCCUUUCGGAAGGGGCCAGCUGGUUUUUGCACCGCUAAGUUUAUUUAUUGGCGUGACGGACGUGGUGGAAACCCCCCCCAACUGCUGUCCUGCACGUGGUGGACAGUAAAGACUUCCGUGGGCCAAGACACUGCUCACCAGGGGCGUUGGGACUGAGUUUGGGGACGUGGGAUUAUUGGGGUGCCCGGUUUAGGGUAAAGACUUUGAACCCACAGUGCUGGCCGUGCCCAUUUCCCAAAUGUUGGGAGAGACUGGAAAGCGGGGGGGGGGGGGGCUUGGGGGCGGGGCUUGCCUCUGCUCCUCCCUCAAAUAAGCCCCACCCACACCUGAGCCACAGCCUGGGGGUUUCGGUUAAGCGAAAUACUUGCGUUUCUCUUCAGGGUUUGGGGAGUAAAGAGAAACUUGUGUCUUCCCUCUGCUUUGACCGUUAACUUUCCUGGCGCCCAGAUAACUUAACUCUUCCCAAGGCAAACAGUUUGCCAAGCAGUUUGUUGCUUUUACAACCUGAUGCACCAAAGGGCUUGUGUGGGGGGGGGGAAGCUUCCCCAAUUGUUGCAGAAAUAAAUGGUGGAGUUCCACUGCCCCCCAAAUUGCUUUGCCAGGGUCAGGCUGCCUAUUUUUUGGGUGCUGAAUUUGGGUUAGUUUUAACAAGCAGAAACCAGCGGGUAGGAUCUCCCUGGGUGUGUUUGUGUGUGUGGUUUUAUGGUGGUUGGGAGGGAGGGGACUGUGGCUCUCCUUCGUCCCGCCAGAGAAGCCAGAAUUUGAAUGUAUGUGUUUCUGUAAAUUUUUAUAUGUAAAAAAGUUUUUCUUUUUUUAAGGGACAUAAAGAACUACAAGUGA